AUGGACGACAAGAUUCGCGAGACCAGUGAGGUCGUCGACGAGGCCAACGGCAACUUCGAUCGAUCUUGGAGAGAAGAGCAAUGGGGUGAUCGCAAAUUAAGUGUCGCUGCACACGACUUUGCGAAAGAUGAGAAGGAAAUGACUAUCCGACAAGCUUUGGUAGCAUACAAAAAAGCCGUCUUUUGGUGUCUGAUCAUUUCUACCAAUGUCAUCAUGGAAGGGUAUGAUACCAAUCUUCUCGGGAAUUUCUACGCCUACCCAUCUUUCCAGCGAAAGUAUGGUGAUUUCGUCGGCAUUUCCAAACAAACACCCACUGGCUAUUCAUUGACAGCUGCAUGGCAAACUGGCCUUGGUCAGGGUGCAGGCUGUGGUUCCAUCAUUGGUACAAUUCUCAACGGCUGGCUCAUUGCCGCCUACGGUCCUCGUAAAGUCCUUCUCGGUACUCUAGUCGUCAUGACUUGCUUCAUCUUCAUCGUCUUCUUCGCUCCUUCCAAACCAGUCCUCCUGGUUGGUCAGAUCAUGUUGGGAUUCGAAUGGGGUAUUUUCGCAACUACCGCUCCAGCAUAUGCCUCGGAAGUCCUCCCAGUUCAACUCCGCGUAUACUUUACUUCCUAUACCAAUAUGUGCUUCAUCAUCGGCCAAUUCCUCAGCGCUGGUGUUCUGAGAGGACUCGUCCACCGUGAGGAUCAAUGGGGUUAUCGCAUUCCCUAUGCUCUUCAAUGGGUUUGGCCAUGUUUCUUGAUCCCACUCAUCUACUUUGCGCCAGAGUCACCCUACCAUCUUGUUCGACACAACAAAUUGGAAGCCGCAGAGAAGUCAAUUCGUCGUCUUCAGACACCCCACCCAAUGCUAGAUCCCAAGAGAACUUUGGCACAGAUUGUCUACACCAAUAAUCUCGAAGAGCAAUUGUCUGUCGGCACUUCUUACUACGAUUGUUUCAAGGGCUUUGAACUACGACGUACUGAAAUCGCCUGUGUUGUCUUUGGCGGUCAAUUGGUUUGUGGUUUAUGUUUCGCCUACGCAUCGACAUACUUCUUCCAACAAGUCGGAUUGGACACGGAUGCCGCGUAUUCCUUGGGAUUGGGUGCCAACGCUCUGGCUCUCGUCGCAUGCUUCUGCAAUUGGUUUUUCCUGAUGCCAUAUUUCGGAAGAAGAACCGUCUAUGUUGUAGGUAUGGCCGCCAUGGCUAUCGAGCUUUGCAUUAUUGGCAUCCUCAACCCAUGGACCAAGAAGACUUCUGUUGGAUGGGCGCAGGCUAUCAUGACGCUUGUGUGGACCUUCACUUUCCAAUUGUCUGCAGGACAACUCGGUUGGGCCUUGCCGGCUGAGAUCGGUUCCACUCGUCUGAGACAGAAGACCGUGUGCCUUGCUCGCAAUGUAUCGAACAUCACUGGUGUCAUUGGCGGUUCUCUUGAAAACUACUUCAUGAAUCCCCAAGCAUGGAACCUCCAAGGUUACACCGGGUUUGUUUGGGGUGGCUGCGCAUGGAUCGUUUUCAUCUGGGCGUAUUUCCGUCUUCCAGAGACCAAAGACCGUACAUUCCACGAGCUCGAUAUUUUGUUCGCAAAGAAGGUCCCUGCUCGCAAAUUUGCCUCCACCGUCAUUGAUGAGUUUGAUGAGCACGAACAAAAUCAAUUGGCAGUUCGAUACUCUGUUGCUGGCCAACCACCACAGCGCCCAUCCAUUAUUCCAUCAAUCACCAACGCUCUUGCGUCUCAUGGACGAGCAGAGGAUGCUGCUGCGCAACGCAGAGCUAGUGUGGUCACAGGACAGGAGUCUCGACGUCCCUCGAUCGCACCAGCCGUCACAGAGUAUCUAAAGCAUCAUUGA